AAGACUAGGAAGCAUUCAGUAGGAGUCUUGUGCUUCUUGUUGCUGUUAGGACACAUGUACUUUCGUUCUGAUUACAUGAAUCAGACAGUGGACCUGUGAUCGACAAUUAUUUCUGUAUUCUCAAGCAAAACACAGAUUAUGAAAAACACGGAAGCGAAUCUCAGCAGUGAUAUGGAUCUAAAGGUAAUGACCAGCCCUGAGGAGAUCGCAAAGCUCUACAGGGAGCAGAGUCACUUCCCGUCCCUGAGCCGUGCCGAUGUGGGGCCGCUGAUCACGUCUCAGUAUGGAGGAAAGUACAACAACAUUUACACAGAGUGGACUCAACGGGAUCUGGAGAGGAAUGAGAUUGUUAAAUUUUGCCGGCAGUACAUUGUGUUUCAUGAUGAUAAAUUUAUAGUUUAUUCUGGGCCUUCUGGUAACUGCACAGAGAUCAAGGGAGAGUUGCUGAGCCAGGAUUCUCCUUCCGGGGAAAUGAAGGCUGUAGUAAGGGAGUGUUCAUUUAAAGGAGAGGAGAAGCAGUUUCUUGAGAUCUGGCACAAGAGCAGUAAGAUAAAAAGUCUCAACCUGACUGCACUGAAAAAGCAUGGAAAGGUGUAUGAGGAUGAACAGUUUGGAUGCUUGGUCUGGUCCCACUCUGAGACUCAUCUCCUGUAUGUGGCUGAGAAAAAGCGUCCCAAGGCCGAGUCCUACUUCCAGACAAAAUCUGAAUCCAGUUUGCCUGAUGAUGAGGAGGUAAUAAAGGCUGAGAAGAAAGAAGAUACUGUCAAGGGCACUCAGUUUGUGUAUUAUGAGGACUGGGGAGAAGCUUUGGUCAGUAAGAGCACACCUGUACUUUGUAUUUUGGAUAUUGAGGGCAACAAUGUCUCUGUCUUGGAGGGGGUACCAGAUGACAUUUCCCCUGGACAGGCAUUCUGGGCACCUAAUGACACAGGUGUAGUUUUUGUGGGUUGGUGGCACGAGCCAUUCAGACUAGGUUUGAAAUACUGCCCCAACAGACGAUCUUCUUUGUUUUAUGUGGAUCUCACUCGUGGAAAAUGUGAACAGUUAUCGGACUCCACCGCAGUCAUGUCUCCUCGUCUGAGUCCAGAUCACUGCCGCAUUGUCUAUUUUGAGUGUGACGUGUACGGCCCCCAUCAGCAAUGCAACAAACUCUGCAUGUAUGACUGGUAUACAAAGAAGACAUCUGUUGUAGUUGAUGUGGUCAAGAGACCCAGAGAAGAUGGCUUUACUGGUAUCUACAACUCUAUGCUGUCUCAUCAAUGCUGGUCAGCUGACAGCCAGAGAGUUCUCAUAUCAUCUGCUCAGAGAAGCCGUAAGGAUAUUCUAGUGGUUGAUACUUCCACAGGCCAAGUUACAUCUCUCACCUCUAUGUCAGACAUGGGAAGUUGGUGCCUACUGACUAUUCACAGGGAUUUGAUGGUAGUCAGCUGUUCAUCUCCAAAUUGUCCUCCAAGUCUGAGGGUAGGCUUUCUCCCAGCAAGCGGUUCAGAAAACGAGGUACCAUGGGUGACACUAGAAGACACUCAGAUGCAACCUGAAAUUGACUGGCAGGUUCUUCAUUUCAUCCCUCCUCCAGAGGAGGACAACAAACAAUACCCUGGUCUGGACUUUGAUGGCAUUCUAAUGACACCAAAGGAUGUGAAAGCAGGAACAAAACUACCACUCAUUGUCAAGCCACAUGGUGGACCUCACUCUGUAAUAGUGACAGAAUGGCUCUUAGGCUCAGCAGUUCUCUGCAAAAUGGGUUUUGGUGUCUUGCAUGUUAAUUACAGAGGCUCUAUUGGCUACGGUCAGGACAGUAUCUACUCACUACCAGGGAAUGUCGGCACCCAAGAUGUCAAAGAUGUGCAGUUUGCUGUUGAGACGAUUUUAAAGCGAGACGACUUCGACAGAACGAAGGUUGUCGUUGUUGGGGGCUCCCAUGGAGGUUUCUUGGCAUGUCACCUAAUUGGUCAAUACCCAGACUUUUACAAAGCAUGUGUUGCUCUGAAUCCAGUCACCAACCUGGCAUCCAUGAUUGGCAGUACUGACAUUCCUGACUGGUGUGCAAUUGAAGCUGGAUUUGAUUAUAACAUAAACACCAUGCUGAGCCCCACUAUGCUGGAGCAAAUGCUAAAUAAGUCACCCAUCAAACAUGUUACACAGGUAAAGACUCCUGUGCUGCUUACUUUGGGAGCAGAAGAUAAACGUGUGCCUAAUAAGCAGGGUAUCGAGUACUACAAAGCUCUAAAGGCCUUGCAAGUACCUGUCAGGUUGUUAUGGUAUCCAGAAAACAACCAUUCUUUGUCCAAAGUUGAUGCAGAAUCAGAUGGAUUUAUGAACAUUGCACUGUGGAUCAUCCAGCAUCUCAAGCUAUAAUCGCCGGUUGCUUUAUUUAAAUUUGAAUAAUGAGGAAAUGGGAGCUUUAUUUGAUAAAUAUGAUAACUACGAGUAAUAACCAAGAAUUUCUUGUUGAGUAUGUUAGUAUGUGAAACAUAGAAAAGGUACACUAAUAUUUUGCUUGAACUUUAAAGCAGACUGCUUGAAAUAGGGAUCUUUACACUGUACUGAACACUGCAACAUAUUAAAACUGAUCUUUGACACUAUUAAUUACUAUACUAAUGUUCUUUUUUCAUGAAAAAAAGGUUGUUACUUAAGCAUUUAUGAUUCUUUUUUUUGUCAGUGUUUGAUACCCUCUGGAUAAUCCCUGUUCCUUUUCGAAAUAAACAUUUUAGAAAUGUG